AUGGAGCUCGCUGGCUUAGGCCUAGUUCCAAUGGCCCACAACUUAACUGGUGUUUUUUUUUAUCAUAGAUGUAAUGGAUCUUCUUCAGACUUCGUUUGUCCUUGUUAUCCAAUUAUUCCUGAUGCGGAUGCUGCUUGUAUCAGAAUUACCAGAUCCGCUGCUGUUUGUCAGAAACAUGGCUAUCCCAAACCACGAGAACAAAUCAACGUUAACACUGCAUUUAUCGAUGCAUCCCAAAUUUAUGGCUCCACAAAGAGAGUUGCUGAUUCACUCAGACAAACGAAACCAGGUAUAGGCAUAUUCCUAUUAAUCCUUAAUGUAAUAUGGCAGAGACUUUUUCUAAUACUGAAAGUGCUAUUUCAACCCUUUUGCUGCCACAAGUUUAAUAAACGGUCGAAAAUUGUAGCCCAAAUCUAAUGCUAAUGGUAGACUCAAGUAUCUUCUAGCGAUAGUUAUAAAUAAUAUAGAGGUGUUCGAUCGGAUUCGUUCGGAUUUUGGAACAAAAAUAUUCAUUUCGGAUUGUAUCGGAUUGAUAAAGUCGAGGAUAAAGUUGUUUCGUAGUUGUCCACGACAACGCGGUUGUCGCUGCAUUAUUCGUUUGAUACUUCAAUUGGACAUCACUUUGUCAGCUUCUUGACAUGUAUUUCUUGCUUUUAUAUUUAUUUGGUUAAAUAUUUCCACUUGAAUGAGAAAUUUAUUUUGUUAAAGGUUCUAAACUCGGAUCGGAUUAGAUUCGGAUUAGACAAUUUUGGAUCGGAUUUUAAACAUUAGCCAAUUGUUGGAUUAUAAACGUCCAAUCCGAUCCGAUGCACACCUCUAAUAAAUAACAUUCCUGUAAUUACUCUUAUGCAGAGCUGCUUAAUUCAUAUACGUUGGCCACGGAAUCAAAGGCUAUAGUUUCCUUGAUAACAGGACGAGAUUCUUCGGUUAAUCGACGCUGGUAUAUAGACAGUCAAUUAAUAUUAUAUUCCCUUGUAUUUUUGUGGCGAUACAUUUUCUGUCACUGCCACUGGAGACUGAUUUGAGCUGUUGAUCGAAAUGGUUAUAUGACCUCCUCGAAUUACCGCGCCAGAAAACAAAACAUUGCUUGUUGUUGUUCUUGGUGGUGGUGUUCGACUUCAUGGUUCGGCUUGUGUUGGCAAAUACUCGAAGUGGAUCGAGGACCUUUCCAAGUCGCCAAAAUCGCUAUAAAGCUCGAGAUCGAUAUUUUCAUUUCCUGGAUUUGCUAUACGGUUGAAUAAUUCGUGACGCUUUGCAAAUUUUUAUGCCCAAAAAGUUGAACUAUUUCCGUUGGCCGUCGUUGUUGGUCAGAGUUUGCAUCAUCGUUGUUGUCUUGUUGAAUUUUAAUGCCGGCCGCCAGUGGUGGGAAAAGUCAAUACGCGUUUCAAUCUUCACUAGUAACGAAUACCAUAAGUCCAACGAGAAAACCAAUACGGCGUUCUGCACUAAUGGCGAAUGUCGUAUGUCUAAUGAGAUCCUCAGAAAUUUUAGGCAUUUGGCUUUUAUUUCAUUGCUUUAUUGCGUAUAAAAAUCAAUCCUCAUGUAAUAUAUGUAUAUUAUACAUACACCGAUACAGGCGUUCCAAACAUGUCAAUAUGCUCGAAUAUAUGAACAUUCAUAUUAUAGUGUCCAGUGUAUUAGUGUCCACAUAUUUUUUUCCCAUUAUUGCGCUAGUUUCUUCAGGGUAAAAUGACCUAAAUUUCUAACGUAACGUGUCAUUUACAAUUUUUAGAAGACCGUGGCCUUCUUAAAUCAUCACGAGGUUUAGAUGGCGAGCUUCUUCCCUUGGAUCCAUCAUUAGAAGCUGAAGAACAACUUUGCAAUAACCUUGGUGGUUGUUUCGUCGCUGGGGAUUCCAGAUCAAAUGAACAACAGUCCUUAGCAGCAUUUCAUUCACUCUUUCUGCGUGAACACAACCGUAUUGCAAAAACUCUUAAGGACAUAAACAAUCAUUGGAAUGGAGAAAAAGUAUACCAAGAAACACGAAGAAUCAUGGGUGCUGUAAUGCAAAAGAUAACAUAUCUUGAUUUCCUACCUUUAGUACUUGGUCCGAACCCUCUACCACGAUACAGAGGAUAUCGACGAGAUGUGAGACCAGGAAUUUCCGGUUCCUUUGCUACGAGUGCUUUUAGGUAUGGACACAGUCUUAUUCGACCAGCAUUUGAUAUACUUGAUACUGGCUUUAAUCGAAUUGGUAACCCAAUUGGCCUUCGUUUUAUGUUCUUCAACAACACAUUCAUUCAAAGGAACGGUAUUAACCCACUUCUUCUUGGACUCAUUGGUAAUUUCUCUGAGAAUGUGGACCGGAUAUUGUCUUCAGGAGUUACUCGACAUCUGUUCGAACGAGAAAAUUCUCCUGGCUUGAACCUUGCAGCUAUAAAUAUUCAACGUUCAAGAGACCAUGGUAUUCCAGGAUACAAUCAUUUCAGAAAGUUGUGCGGGUUAAAAAAUGCCAAAACAUUUGCAGACACUAAGAAUGAGAUAAGGGAUCCUAAAAACAUUCAGAUUUUGAAACGACUUUACGACAAUCCAGAUAUUGUUGAUUUGUGGGUCGCUGGCUUGGCAGAAACUCCAGUAAACGGCGCAAGUGUUGGUCCGACCUUCCAAUGUAUAAUUGGAGACCAAUUUCGGCGAACAAGAGACGGUGAUCGGUUUUACUUCGAACGGAAACGCGUCUGGAGGAGAGAUCAGCUCGCAGAAAUCAAGAAAGUGUCAUUGUCUAGCAUGUACUGCAACAAUUUAAAUGUGACCUCAAUUCAGCCAAAUGCAUUUGUGGCACCAACAGACACAAAACCGAGAAUUAAUUGUGAGAGAAUCCCUGAUAUAGAUUUGUGCAAGUGGAAAGGUAACGGAAUCCAAAAUUUAUUUAUAUUUGGUUACACCUGUUAAGUACGAAAUUCUAAUAAUCAAGAUUUGAAUAUAGCACGAUAUUAAUCGUCCUGGAUCGUGAUAAAUCUUUCACAUUAUACGCAUAUUAAAAUCUGGGAGUGAUUCCUAUCGGGAAAGACGCAAUUCCUGUGCUCCAAUUUCGUUUCUUGGAAUCGUAUUUAAGCAUAUAUUGCAUUUCAUGCAUGUCCUCUUGAGAACACCAUUUAAACAAGGCGCUGAAAUAUCCGUCAUUGACGCGAAAUAUUAAUUCACUGAAUCAUAUUCGUAAAAGUUAAUUUCAUUGCAGGCUAAAUAGAAGGCGCACAAUUUUAUAGGGUUCAUUUUAAAAAGCGAAACGCUAAAAGUUUUCUUCUUUCCAUUUUAGAAAAUCCUUAUUUCAGAAGACAUCCAUGCGUAAACGGCAAAUUGGUUUCAAAAAACGGAAAAUGCAUAUGCGAGUGUAAAUCUCCCUGGUUUGGAAACAGAUGUGAAAGUAAGUAAGGGUAUUUGUUUCAUGUACGCUAGCAUGAGAAAGACAUUUUCUACCUGCAUCCCUCGUGCAUUGUGCUACAGCUCAUCUCUAUCUCAACAAAACAUGCACGCAUAAGUUUAUGGCUUUAUAAUGGUGAACAGAAAGGUGAUUCUAAGAUCAUCCUUAGGUCUUAAUACUGUUCUUGUGAAAUUUGAAGCAUGGAUAUACGUUAUCAUAUUAUUAAUGUAUUUUAAAUUAACAACACAUUAGUGUUAAUCAAUAACAUUAAUCUUUAACAUUCAUAAAAAAACAUCACCACUAACAGGUGGGAAAUUUGUCUUAGCAUGCGCGAGAAAAAAGAGCCACGCAAUUGCGUGGAAUACACGCAACGCGUGUUUACAAAAAGGCGCAAUUGUGUAAAUAUUGCCAAAUGUUUGGUACAAAAUAAUUAAAUAAAUGAUUGUUUUAUGUUGAAAAUGGACAUGAUCUAAAUUUAAUCAUACCGAAUUAUUAGUGACGUUUUAUUUCAGUACCCUGCCAUUGUCCCUGGUGUGCUGUCCGUGUGCAUUCGAUUUGAAAUCGUUGCUACUUUGCUGUCGAAACAUUUAGAAUGUUCACAUGAAAAUAGAAGCAAGUCAAUGCAUUUAUAACCUUGUAAACUGUAUGAGCCCCUAUUUUUACGCUUAUAGCCUACCUAAGAUAUCAAAUAAAAAUACAUGAAAGUGAUAAAACAGAGAACAUUUUUAGAAUGUUUUAUCGUGAGGCCACGGCCAGUUUUUAAAAUAUCUCCAUUUCUUUUCCAGUUAUCACCAAAAUUACACUGAAGCCGGGCUUGAAUAUCCAACAAAUUUUGAAUCUCAUCAACUACAAAAAUAUUCAACGUGUAACCAAAAUAUGCUCAUGAAAUCGAAAUUAAGAGCUAAAUUUUUAAAAUAGAUCCUUCUCGAGGCGGUUUUCAUGAAGGAAGUUGACCUUUCGGCCUUUGAUUCUUGGCAAAAAUUUGACCACAACAUGUGCGAAGCAACUGGGUCUCAAAGUGUUAUUGUGAGCCCCUAUUUUCCAGGCGACAUGUUUGAUACCUUCAAACGCCGAAACGUUUUUUCUUUUCAUUUAGCUGUAUUUGAAAUUGAAGCCACGGGCUAUUUUUAAAAAAUACAGUUCAGAGUCAAGCUAUAUUUUCUUAUUUUCAAAAUUCGUCAUAUUCCGCGAGCUUGUAUUUUGAAGUUACAUUAAGAAAGAUAGGAUGGAAAAUUUGAGGCAUAUAAAAUCAAUUUCAACUUACAUUUCCUUCUCAUAUCACGUUUUUCUUCGUUUAUUGUGGUUUUAAGCAAGCCACAUGCAGCUCGCCGUAUACGGUAUUUGUUCCCAUGUUCACCUCGCCAUAUUCACUUCUUCCAAUCACCCGAUUACAAAAAAAUCAUCCCAGAACAAAGAAUUCAUGAUCGUUAAUUCUAAAUCGUUUGAAUGGAAAGCAAAAAUCGUCAGCUGAAACAGCUUCUUGCUACUGAACAUUCUGCAUGCUUUGUUUUGAAUAUAAAAUCAAUGGAGCUUUGUUUCUGCUCGCGAUUUUUGAUCAGCGACGACAAAUUUCCCACCUGUUAUCACCACUACUAAUCUACUAUUUCUCAAUCUAUAACAAUCGAUUACAGCUGAUAUUUCUUCCUUGUCUUUUAUUCAACGCACUUGCAUAUAAACCAGACACUUACGACUGAUAUAUAGCUGCUAAAAACGUUUUUAUAUAUACAUAAAAAAAUAUUUGCUAAUAAUAGCUCACAAUUAGCUUUUCUCACGGUCUAAAUCCUCCAUUUUUGGGUGCUACUUUGCAAACAACAUGAAAAAUCUAAACGAUGUGAAAAUAAUUUUUCAAAUAUUUAACUGUAAACGGAUUUAUAAUUAAUGCACUUACAACUACAUUAUGGGUACAGAAAGUUUCAUUUUCACUGCUCACUAUCCCUGUUCUAGAAAAGGUUGCCACUCAAAAAUGGCAGCGUGAGAAAUGCUAAUUAACAACAGUUAACAUUUCAACAGAAUUAAAAAUGCUGUAAAGUCCGGUCUGCGCAUACGUUCUGUGCAGGCCUAUACAUUCCAACGGUCGGGACACGACCAUUGGAAUGUUAUUAAUAUUUCGCACCUUCCGAACUUUCUUGAAUUCUUCAUUUACAAGAGUGUAAAAUUUCAGUAUAAUAUAUAUCUAAUCAUAUUUUACAACUGUAGCACUGAGUUUAAAAUUACAUUACGGACUUUACAGCAUCUUUAAUUAUUAAAAAAUCAGUUAGUUAACUAAUAAUAGUUAACAUUAUACAAUAACAAAAAUACAAGACUAUGUACACUAUUAACGUUUAACAACACUAUCUAUACACAAUAUUAACGUUUGUUAACAAAGUUAAUUAACAACAUUAAUUAACAUUAAAAACAUUAAUUAACAUCUGUACUGCUUGUAACUAACAUGUCUAACAUUGAACCUAAAUAACAACAAAAUGUAAUUUCUCCGCGACUCUUGUUUAGGUAGACCAAGAACUAAAGUUUCAUGGCUUGCAACCAUUCUCAACUCCAAAAAAGAGAUCGUUUGUUCUGGAGCGCUAAUAAGACCAAAUCACGAUGUAUUAACAACUGCAAGUUGCGCUAAAGCUGCAUCCAAAAAUGGCUACGUCCAGUUGGGGGAUUACAGAAAAGUGGCGACAAUUGCCAUAAAGUCCAUCAAAAAAGUGAAUCAGGAUUUCUCAAUUAUCAUACUACCAAGGAAAAUACACAAAAACGCGUAUUUUAUUGGAAUCGCACGUGUUGUGUCAACACUACGGCCGACAGCUGUUACAGUCUGGGGAAGUGGACAAUUUCCUGAUUUUGUGUGGACUAAAGUAGCUCGUCGUCGGAAUACAGUUUGCAAAAGAAAGUUUAAUCCGCUCAACUCCAGGAAAGAGUUUUGCACUCUACCAGCCGGGUUGCCUGCGAUAACAAAAAGAAGUGGUAGUCCUCUGGUACAAUACUACCUAUAUCAGCCGUACCUCGUAGGUCUCCUGACGGAAGUCGCCGACAGCUCUUCGUCUGGAGCACGAUUUGGCAAGUAUGUCAAAGUUACACACCUUCGAUUCAGCAAACGCGGGAGAUGGUGGUGAUCUAACAUAAUCUCUUUUUCUAAACAUUAUGAUCUAGAUUUCGUUUUUCUGACGUACUAUAUUGUCUGCAAAUUUUCAAUUGUUCGUAAAGGGACCUCUAAUAAGUAUGUACGUCCGGAGUUCGGGUAUUUUAAUUCAAAUAAUUACGUUUUCGCUGCAUAUAUUGUAGGUCUGAAGUAGCACAGCAUGGUUGUUAAAACAUUUUUGGACUAUUAAUUUGAAUUUUUAAUAUUGUUAGGAACUUUACCUUUUAAAUGUAUUUGGUAACAGUAUGAAUAAAGAUGUUGUUGUUAUAUUGUCAUUGCUUUGGUGGGUGACAAAAUAAUAUAACAAUAAUGCAGGCAUGGCCAUUGCUGGGACUUUGCCUCUGGGGGGGGGGAGGGGGCUGCGAGGUUAGAUUUACCUGAAUUUUUCCAACUUAACGUUUUUACCUGGUUUUGCGACCCCUGCCUGGCGCCACUAUGGUUGGUGCUGAGCAAAACGUUUUGAAAAUUUGAAGUUUCUAGACCGUUGGAAACGAGGUUCGAAAUGGCAUUCAUAGAAUCUUUCCUGUCCAAUAUUUCAAUAUUUUAGUAUUGCCCAACAAUGAAGAUAAGUAUUGUUACGUACAGUUCAAUACGAGUAUGUGACUAGGGAAAUUGAGAACAUUUUUGAAAUUUGGAGUCUCCAGAUCGUCAGAAAGGAUAUUUGGCUAUGUUUCCCCCCCCCCUGCCCCGACGGGGUAGGUAUUUUUCGAAUUAAGCCCUUCGAGUUAAGCCCUUUUCGAAUUAAGCCCUUCGAGUUAAGCCCCUGCCACGCCUUUUUUGCCUGGGGCUUAACUCGAUGAACAUAAGGUUGUUUUAGUACUUCGAGUUAAGCUCCGACAUUUGGUAGAUGUAAACAAGUGAUCAAGUGUAUACUCGCUAAAAUAUUCAUAAAUAAGGAGGGAUAUUUUACUAAGAUCUCCGUUGCUUUGUCAACAGUUUUUAUAGAGACAAUGACAUCGUGAAAUGAGAGAACUCGAUAAGGAUUGGUAAAGAACAGCUUAUUCAGGGCGCCAAUUACGGCAUUAAAAAAAUAAUAUAUAGCAGCACUUGCAGAACGCAAAUCUUAGGCAUGUUCAUAUGGAGGCGAGCUAAACCUCUUUGAAAUUUGAGAGAGAGUCUGCAGGCCUAGCUAAUAAAAACGCGCCUGUGCGUUGCUUAGAACGACGCAGGGUUCCCAUUGGUUGAAAUUGAGUAGUUGGUUAUUAACUGCCAUAAAAAGUAAUGCAAUUUACACAAUAAUAGAUUCAAGGUAUCAACACAAAGUGCGGAAAUCGAAAAAUAUCGUUCUAUAGCGAUAAAAAAUGAAUUAGACGAGUUGUAUAGAAAACUACAUUUUUGUUUAAAGUUAAAGGAUAGGCAGUCAAAAGCUCUUAACAAUAUUCCAGACGGAAACGAUGUUUUUGCUGUAUAAGAGAGUUUGGCAAAUACAACAAAUAUGUGAAUUCACUUACUAUUAAUACUUCAGGGAAUUUCAGGGUUGUUUCAAAGAAAGACAAGUGCUUCUAAAAGUUUUCGCUCAAAUACAAAAGUAUAAGUAAUUUUAUUUUCUGCCGGCGCCUUUGUUGGUUGCCAAACUCACUAAUGACACUAAUAUUACCGACAGGCUAUACGUGUAUAAUAUAUACGGCAAAAACUUAAUAUUCCAACUUUCGGUCUUUGUCGAGCAGAGAAAAAGAAAAGAACCCGCGCGCUAUAGCUAUCAUCAUUUAUUCAUUUGUCCUCUAAUUAGUAUUAUAGAGGACUAAAUGGAAGAAGCUAAGCCUAAGGACCUUGGUAUGAGGGUCUUUUUGCGCCGUUAGUGACGAACCGAACAUAGAGGACAUAAGAUUGGGGAAAUUUCAUUUGAUAUUUGGAUCGGCCGAAAACGUUCCUGACAAGUGUUCAGUUGACGCUUUGAAACAUUCAAGUUGUCACUUGCGUAAUCGUUUGGUUGCUUUUGUUAUAGACGAGUCUCACGUCAUUGAGACGUGGACUGCAUGA